AGCACAUUGAGAUCCCCAAUCACCAGUCAGCUGCGCCACCGCCCCUUCAACCCAGAAACCUAACACCGCGUCGAAGAAGAAAAUGAAGCCCACCACCGUCUUCUUCUCCCUCUUCGCCAUCGCAGCCGCGGCCAAACUUCCCAGCACGGGCCCUAGCACCGACACCGCCACGGUCGACGUCGUUGCCCGCCACGGCCCGUCUCACGAGGGGCGGCAGCACGACGGGCACAAUGAGGUGAUCCCAACAGACGAGGAAGAGGCGCAUGACCUGGAUGCGCGCGGGCUCAAGAUCAAGCCGUCGAAAGUGUGCGGAAUUCUCGGCUGCAAGGACAAGGACAAGGACAAGGACAAGGAGAAGCAGAAGGAACAGGAGAAGCAGAAGGAACAGGAGAAGCAGAAGGAACAGGAGAAGCAGAAGGAACAGGAGAAGCAGAAGGAGCAGGAAAAGCAAAAGCAGGAGAAGGAAACAGAAAAGGACAAGACUAACCCCGUCAACAAGAUCAACAAGCAGAACGGCAAGCACAAGGGCCAAAAGUCGGACGCCGCUGCGCUCGCGGACCUCGACGUUAGCGUUCUUCUUGCUGGGCUGGUCGGAACCGGUAUCGCUGCUCUUCUCUGAGAUUGGGGGAAGAGGAACGGCCGCUUCGCACCCAUCUUUCGCUGGCGACAGGCAGGUAUCAUGUUUUUUUUUUUUUUUU